AUGAUACUGAUGAUACUGCUGCUACUGUUGCUACUGGUGCUGUUCGAUGUGCUGUCUGCGACCGCAGGGUAUGCCCGGCUGGCACCGCCCCAGCGAUUUGGACCCAUGGGUCGGUUCAGUUUUGCACCACGCCGCGAAGCUACGGCAGUGCAUGCAGACCUGCGGACCAGCCACCGGCCGGCCCGCUACUGCGCCGAUUUUCACCCGCAACCCGCCUGGCGCGCCGCCGGCGCAAGAGCGCUGGAGCGCCUGGACUCAGCAUACGGUGCACUGUACUUAGACGCUGGGGUGUACGACAACCUGGAGGCGGUUCACGCGGCCCUGAAGCGGAUCGUCGCGGUGGCGGUGCCGGAGGCGGUACUGGACCGCCACAACUGUCGGCUUCGUCAGAUGGCGGGCACCCGGGACGGCGGCGACAACAACCGGUGCGACCCCUGGCACGAGGCGCAACCCCGCGGUGGAGUUGCGGACCCGGUCGCGGCGCGGGUGGUGGAGGACCUGCGGCGCCAUGAGGGCCUGGCGGCUGCGGGCCCGCUGCUGCAGCCAUGGUUGCCGUCGGGCGAGGAGGACGUGGGGCAGCAGCGGAGCAGCGGCGACGGUUCCGGGAGUGCCUCCGCCGCCGCCGCCAGUGGCAGCGGCGGCGGCCUUGUGGAUUGGAUCGGCGGCAGGGAAUUGCUUGAUGUGCUGACGCGUCGUCGCCGUUUGUGGCAGCAGGGUGGGAAGGAGGAAGGGGAGGCUGGCGGGGCUGUCGUUGAAAGCCCCUCAACGUCAGCGGCUCCGGAAGGCGUGAACGGCGUUAGCGAAGGCGACGGCAGUGAUGCCCCGACGACGCGCACUCCCCGCGGUCGAGUCCUUACUUUCCUCGACGGCACUGCGCCGUUGGAUUUGGACGAGCUCCUGCUGGACGCCACCGACGAGGCGAUUGAUCUGGCGGCCACAGCAGCAGACAGCCACCAUCAAGGCCGCCGCGGAGUGGCGCGCUACGGUGCUGCAGACGGCAACAGCAGUAGUGAUGCCAGCGGAGAAGAUGAUGAUGGUGAUGGUGAUGGUGGUGAUGAUGGUAAUGGCGUUGGAGGCGGGGGUUCACUUCUGUUGCCGGUGAUCCGUCUGACCCCCGAGCUGGCUGGGCGGCUGCUGCAGCUGCAUCCCAACGAGGGUGUUCGCUGGCAGGUGUACCACUCGGGGCCGCUGCGACAGGUCAGGGCGAUGUUGGCGGUGAUGGACGAGCUUACGGAGCUGCGGCGGCGGCUGGCGGCGGCGUUGGGGUACCGCUGCUGGGGCGACCUGGUGCUCCAGGGGGGCGGCGCGGUGACCAGCGCUGGCGGCGGCGGAGGCGGGGGGGGGGGCGUAGCCGGCAGCGCGUUGGGCGGCCACGCGGCCAUCGUACGGAUGUUACGUGAGCUGGGCGCGGGGCUCCUGUCUUACGGUGACAGCGAGCUUGACGCAAUCCGACGGGAUGCCCGGCGACCGGCUAGGGGCUCCAGGGGCGGUUUACCACCGGGCGCGGAUCCGCUGGAUCCAUGGAAUUUGCCGUUCGUCCUGCAGGGCCUUGCACAGGGCCAGGCUGCCUCCCGGUACGACACCGGCUGGUCAGUCGGAUACGCCGACUAUUUCGCGCCGCCGGGGCUGCUCCAGGGCAGCAGUGCGCUGUGCCGGGAGCUAUUUGGAUUGGCGCUGGAGGGGCCCUUACAGUUGGCUCCAGGGGAGAUGACGGGCUGGAUCCAUGGGGAUCCGGUUCCGGAGCCAGAGCCGGAUUCUGAUGGAGGUCGGUGGUUGCAACCCACAUCGGGUUUGUCGGAGGGCGGUGGGAUGGAAGCAUCGCAGGACAGCGAGGGCCACGACAGUGGCGGCGGCGGAGGCGCGUGCGGAGGUGAUGUCGUCUUGAAGGCCGCUGUGGUUUGCUGUCGUACAAACCGCCAGCUUGGAUUUCUGUACCUGCACCUCCACGGGGGCCUGUCCGAAUACCCCUUCACCACCCUGCUGCGACACGGACCCAUGGGUCUGUCACCACGCACCGACGCGAGCGUGGACGUGGAGCGGCAUGACGCCCGCGCUGAACCCGGCGGUGAACACUCGCUGCCGGUCGUGCUGUGCGGUGGACCAGAAAGUCCGUACUUCCUCAAGGUGGGCGUCCGGGCGACCUGCGAAGGGGUUGGAGCGAGGGAGAGUAGGGGCGCAGGGGGACGCGGUGGCACCGCCAACACCUACACAAUGAUGACGACCGCCGCCGCGGAAAGCAACGCCAACAGCACGAACAGCGACACCACCACCGCAGCUGUUGUUACCCGCUGUACGGAUGGGCUUAUCGGCGGCAGCGACGGCGAUGACGACCUGAAGGACGACGACGCCGUUGGAGGUAGAGGCGGUUGGCAGUUGGCGCUCCUGAGCGGCAGUAGCUGCCCCCUGGACAUCCGCGAGGUCCCCUCACACCUUAUGGAGCACGUGUUGAGGGACCCAGGAUGUGUACGGCAGCUGUCACGACAUGGCCGCCUGGACUGCCCCCUGCCGCUGAGGGACUGUGCCAGGUUGGUAUCCCUGCUGUCCAGCUGCUUCACAUCCACCGUGGGGGAGCUGCAGGUUAGCUUCUUUUGCCUUAGCUCCUCUUCUUUCACCUUGCCUCAUUUCCUGCCGGCUGCUAUGCAGCGGCUCGUUGCGGCAGCCCUAGCUGACCAGAUCAUCCACGGGCCGGACACAGCAGCGCAGCCGCCGCCUCCGCCGCCUCGGGGAGUGGGUUCACCUCUGGCAAGUGAAGCAGAAGCAACUAGGCCAAUCCAAGAGGAGGAGGAAGCAGCUGCAGCCCUGACGGGCGGGUGGGGCCGCCACGGCGGCGACGGCAGGAGCCCUGGCGGCAGCGGCAGCCGUGGCUCGGCGUUGCUUGCACACCUGGUGGCCCAUGGGUCGGUCUGUUCACUGACGGCACACCACUGGCGGCAGCAGCAGCAAACGGAGCAUCAUUUGGCACAGCGGGACGCACCCCCUGAAGACCACCUAGGGGGGCCCAAUGGUGGUGGUGGUGGUGCGGCGGAGGCUCUGCCGUCAUCUGCCCCGCCACUGCUAGUGCCCGGUCCGGACCUGGUCCACCAUUUGGAGGCCUCAGCAGUGCUGGGUGGGGUGCAGUACGUGUACGUGGCGAGCAGGCUGUUCGCCGCGGCGGUGUGGCGAGCGCACCUGCAGGACCAUCUGCCCCGGGUGCUUGGCGGCUCCGGGGGGGGAGGCCAAGGCAGCAGCUCUGCGGCUGCGGCUGCUGAUGCGGACAGCUGUGACGGGCAGUCAGAGCACGACGGGCUGGUGGGCGGAUGGCUGGUGCGGCGGCGGCUGUUGGAGGCGGGAGCUCACUCACCCGGCAUUGAGGUGCUGCGGAGUUUGCUUGGCAAGGAUGCCUUUGUCAAGGUACCGUGUGGGGACUUGGAAACAGAGCCCGCUGCUGAAAUACGGGCACCUGACACGGCGACGGCGCCGACGGCGGCGGCGGUCUCAGCGGUGGCGGCGUCGGAAGGAGAGGAUGCUGGGAUUAGGUUUUCGGAGGAGAGGACGCUGGGAUUAGGUUGUGGGGAGGGAGGCCAGCGUGUCGGGCCGAAGGCUGGGUCAGGCAGCGAGGGGUCGUGGGGUGACGCGAAUGAGUGGUCGAGUGGGAGUGCGGGUCCCUGGCGGUACGACUCGGGAUGCUGCUGGGUGCCCGACCUGGGUGCGGACGUGUUCCAGGAUGUUGACCUGCUGGGGUGA